AUGCUGGAUGGGCCCCUGCUGGCGCGCUGGCUGGCCGCGGCCUUCGCGCUGACGCUGCUGCUCGCCGCGCUGCGCCCCUCGGCCGCCUACUUCGGGCUGACGGGCAGUGAGCCCCUGACCAUCCUCCCGCUGACCCUGGAGCCGGAAGCAGUUGCCCAGGCCCACUACAAGGCCUGUGACCGGCUGAAGCUGGAGCGCAAGCAGCGGCGCAUGUGCCGCCGGGACCCGGGUGUGGCCGAGACGCUGGUGGAGGCGGUCAGCAUGAGUGCCCUCGAGUGCCAGUACCAGUUCCGCUUUGAACGCUGGAACUGCACCUUGGAGGGCCGCUACCGGGCCAGCCUCCUCAAGCGAGGCUUCAAGGAGACAGCCUUCCUUUACGCCAUCUCCUCCGCUGGCCUGACGCACGCGCUGGCCAAGGCUUGCAGUGCAGGCCGCAUGGAACGCUGCACUUGCGAUGAGGCGCCUGACUUGGAGAACCGCGAGGCCUGGCAGUGGGGCGGCUGCGGAGACAACCUCAAGUACAGCAGCAAGUUCGUCAAGGAGUUCCUGGGCCGGCGGUCUAGCAAGGAUCUGCGAGCCCGCGUGGACUUCCACAACAACCUCGUGGGUGUGAAGGUGAUCAAGGCCGGGGUGGAGACGACGUGCAAGUGCCACGGCGUGUCCGGCUCGUGCACCGUGCGGACGUGCUGGCGGCAGCUGGCGCCCUUCCACGAGGUGGGCAAGCGCCUGAAGCACAAGUACGAGACGGCCCUCAAGGUGGGCAGCACCACCAACGAGGCCACCGGCGAGGCCGGCGCCAUCUCGGCCCCGCGGGGCCGGGCCGCCGGGCCGGGUGGCGGCGACCCGCUGCCCCGCACACCAGAGCUGGUGCACCUGGACGACUCCCCCAGCUUCUGCGUGGCCGGCCGCUUCUCCCCCGGCACCGCCGGCCGCAGGUGCCACCGCGAGAAGAACUGCGAGAGCAUCUGCUGCGGGCGUGGCCACAACACGCAGAGCCGGGUGGUGACCCGGCCCUGUCAGUGCCAGGUGCGCUGGUGCUGCUACGUGGAGUGCAGGCAGUGCACCCAGCGGGAGGAGGUCUACACCUGCAAGGGCUGA